GUUAAGUUAUUGAUGAUUAUGAAUGAACGUAUUGAACGUGCUGUGCCUGUGCGUCCCUCAAAAAAGAUUCAUCUGUUUCAAUUGUGAAUUAUGUUCUUUCUAUAGCUCCAGUCACUAAUUUCGAUCGUGAAUUUUCUAAACUGAACCCUCAUCUUUGGAUUCAAGCUCUGAUCUCAGGCAAAAAUGUUUUCCCAGGGUUUGAGCGGCGGCUCAUCGUUUGGUGCAACCCCGGUUGCAUCGACAUCAACCAAUCCGAUGAAGGAUUUUGAAGUCACUCCCCCUCCCGAUGACUCUGUUACUUGUUUACAAUUCAGCCCCCCGUCCAUCCCCCAGAAUUUUUUGAUUGCUGGUAGCUGGGAUAACAACGUGCGGUGCUGGGAAAUUGAACAGUCUGGGAAGACAGUCCCAAAAUCAAUGCAGUCCAUGCAAGGGCCAGUCUUGGAUGUAUGUUGGCACGAUGAUGGUACCAAAGUUUUCAUGGCCGCCUGUGAUAAGAUGGUCAAAUGUUGGGAUUUGGCGAGCAACCAGUCUAUCCAAGUUGCAGCUCACGAUGCUCCUGUCAAAACAUGUCACUGGGUCAAAGGAUCAAAUUACAGUUGUCUCAUGACUGGGUCUUGGGACAAGACUCUCAAGUUUUGGGACACAAGGAGUGCCACCCCUAUGCUUACUCUGAAUCUACCGGAAAGAUGCUAUUGUGCAGAUGUUGACUAUCCCAUGGCUGUAGUAAGCACUGCAGCGCGUGGUCUCAUUAUCUACCAGUUGGAAGGCACACCUCAAGAAUUCAAAAGAGUCGACUCUCCUCUGAAGCACCAGCACCGAUGUCUAGCAAUUUUCAAGGAUAAGAAAAAACAGCCUACUGGUUUUGCUUUGGGUAGUGUAGAAGGUCGUGUCGCUAUUCAGUAUGUUAACCCCCAGAAUCCGAAGGAAAAUUUCACUUUUAAAUGUCACAGAUCAAAUGGAGCAACAGGUGGUUUUCAGGAUAUUUAUGCGGUCAAUGAUGUAGCAUUCCAUCCGGUCCACGGAACUCUGGCAACAGUUGGGUCAGAUGGGACAUUUAGUUUUUGGGACAAAGACGCAAGAACAAAACUCAAGUCGUCAGAUACCAUGGAGCAAUCAAUUACAUGCUGUGCAUUUAAUCACAAUGGUCAAAUAUUUGCAUAUGCUGUCUCGUAUGACUGGGCUAAAGGCCGUGACUUUUAUAAUCCUUUAAAGAAAAACUACAUUUUCUUGCGGUCUUGUUUUGACGAGCUGAAACCGCGCACAGCUGGAUAAAGUGCCAUAUUGCAGCAACUGGCUCAUCAUCUGAGAUCAUGUCUGAUAUUUUUUUCUCCCUCAAGUCUCUACUCAGCUUAUUCACAACCUUUUCUUAAACAGAGUUGUCAGCAACUGUUAAAAUCUGUCAUGUGUCUUGCAACUGUCAUAUAUCAUAUCAAGGAUAUGGAAAUGUUUGAAAAUUUCGAAAGAUUCAAUAACAUUGUGAAUGUUUCAAAAGAUUGUCAUGUCAGGAAUUGUAGUUAUUUUUGCUGUAGAUAGUUUUGUAAUGAUCAGUAAAUUCAAGUAAUUGUUGAAAUGUAAUGUAUUACCAGGAUUUUUCAUCUCCAGUUCUGUGUUUGAAACAGCAAAAGGAAAGAGGGCUUUUUUAUCUGUACCGCUGAGUAUUGCGAUAAACCAUGUUACUUUUUUUCCCAGUCCAGCUGGUUCUAUGCAUUCCAGUGAGGUGGUUGUCGUGCGGUUAUGUGUAAUUCUAACUUUAAGCUGAACCGCAGAUAACCUGAUCCAUCACAUGUCCAUGCAUUGGAUCAAAAAACCCCUAAGGCGGAAAAUGAUUCAGAGAUCAGAGAAAGGUAUGAUCUUUAAAAAUUUCAAAUUUGUUUUGCUGGUGACCCUGUCUAAAUUGAAAUUGGAAUAAUACUAGGAUUCCCAUGACUUUAAUGCAAAAUCUGAUUCCCUAAUGCACUUAUGAUAUCAUUAUAUUGAAUAAAAAAUUGUAAGCUGGGAAGAUAGUAACAAGAAUGUGCUUGCUAGAAUACAUUUUUGUGUUAAAAUCUUUAACAUCGUUUGAAAAGUGUUUUUGUCAGUAAUGACGUUAUUUUAGCUCUGGUCAGUUUUUUACUUGAAUAAAUAAAUAAAUAAAUACACCUUUUAGUCG